UGUCUGUCUGAUGUAACACAGUUUUUUCAUGCGGACCGAGAACCUCAUUGGUGGACUCAAACCUGGUUUCUGUGUUCUCAGGAACUUUCAAAACCUCGUCUUCCUCUGCAGCCAAAAACACGAAUCUCACACAGUCUUCAUCUUCAUCUUCAUCUUCAUCUUCACCUCCGCUCUGCCUUCUUUCCUCAGGUGAGUCAGAAUAUUGAUCUGAAAAAUAAUCACUGUCGAGUUUCUUUUUAUUCUUUAUCAUUAAAUAUUCAGUCCCUUCUCUGUUUUUUUCGAUGCCCUGGGCUGACAGGAGCCCCACUUAUAAAUACGUCGACAUGAACAAAUAAUUCAGGGAUGAUUUUCUGGUUGAAGAAAAGAUUUAAUGGAUAAAACUAAAACUGUUUCUUAGAUUCUUAUCAUCAUGGGCACUUUCAGAGGGGGGCCCGGGUGCCUCUGUCUCUAUAAGCGUGUCGAUGAAAUGAGCUGUCUCUGUUCUGUGGACUGAAUUAUCUCUUGAUACAGAAACUCCUCUGGAUUUUUAUCGUCGUGGUUUUGGAAAGAUUCAUUUAAGAAGCAGUCAGAUCUCGUUUUUAAGAUCCAACGACCUCAAAGCUUUCAGUCCCGGUCAGACUCAGGAAACAGAAAAGUGACAGUGGUGUUUUUGUGUUUGUCUCAGAGCUGAACAUGUUGGCGGCGCUGACUCUGGCCUCCCUGAGUGUCCUGGUCUGGACCUCUGAUCUCUGCCCCUCUGCCUGCCGGUGUGACCACGACCCGUUCACUGUGGUGUGUCAGGAAGGUGGACUAACCCAGAUCCCCGAUCUUCCUCCGGAUACUGUAAAGCUUUUUGUCGCAUACAACAAGAUACAGGAAGUACCCUGGAGCGAGCUGCAGAAUCUGGAGGUAUGACGAGAACAUCCUGAAACUUUGAUGCUUUGGAAAGUCCCGGACUUCAGUUUUUCCGGUUUAGUUAGCAGGUAGACCUAAAACCACACAGGUGGGAUCAGACCCUGUCUUUGUCUGAACUAGUUUCAUGACCUCGUCUCCUCUGUAACACAUAAACGUAUCUCAUCACCGCCAAGUCUGAGACAUGAACUUCCAGGUGAUCCUCCGGCUCCUCAGUGUCUUUGAUCUGAACUCGGGCCGGGCGAUACGGGAAAAAGUUUAUCACGAUUAACAGAGUUUCUUGGUCUCAUGUCUUUUCCAACACAAUAAUCUCCUGCAUCUGUGAGGUCUUUGUGUCUCUUUGGCGUUUUGUCGUAAGGCGUCGCUCUAGAGAAAGACGACUGAAUGGUCGUCUGUUUCAGGCGCCAUGGGCUCCUCGCUCCUCUCGGGGUUUGUAACCUUUGGCGUUGCGCGUGCUCUGCGGCGUGGCGCUGCUUCAGGUGGUGAAAAAGAUUUGAGGUAUUCCCCGACUUUGUGAGAACAUGUACUCGACAUAAUUUACAGUCCACAUUACUCUGCUUCAUGUCCGACCUCCAAAAACCAAAAUACCUCCACACCACCGACGUUUUCCUAACGCCAGUGUUGUGGUUGACAUUGAUGUGGUCAUCUGUUGAGCCUUCAUGGUCAUUUCUGUCGGGGGUAGCACUCAUUUUCUUUGUUUCUCACCAACAGUGCUGUCGGCUUCACCUGUUAAAGUGCUAUGGUUGGGUGGAGCUGCUGUCUGCUACGACGCUGCAGUUGGUUGAUACUUGGUUCUAAUUCAGAACAUGAUUGGUUCAGACCCGGAGAAACUCCCCUUUUCAUUGGCUGUUCGUUAUAGUCGACCAAAACAUGUCAGAAUGACGACUAUUGAAAAAGAUAUUGAUCAUGUUUUAUAUUGAUAUUGAGGGAAAUUAAUUUCUGAUAUAUAUCGUUAUGGUUUUAUCACCCAGCUCUGAUCUGAACUCUCUUCAUGUGAAGGGUUCAUCCUUCACUUUACCACAGACCUGCUCGUCCGACACUUUCUCUGCAGGAAAAUGAAAUAAUUGUCUAAUAAAAAUAAUAGAUGUCAUACGUUAUGUUGGGAUGCGGUACAAUACUAGAAGUUCUCACAGAAUCCAGUAUGAUAAACUAAUGUAAUAAGGAUAAAUGGUGAUAAGACACAUAAAGAUUAUAAUAAAAGGAUUUUUCUCUGCCUGACUCAUCUUUUCCCUCUCUGGCUCCUGGACGGUUUUUAGGUUCUGGAUCUGACUGAGAAUCAGCUGAAUGACUCGGUGGACCUCUUCCUGGUUUAUCCUCCUGUGAAGAAGCUCUCUAAACUCUUCCUCCGCAGAAAUAACAUCGAGUUUAUUCCACAGAAUGCGUUCUUGGGCUUCCCUGCUCUUACCCACCUGGACCUGAGUGAGAACCAGAUUAAGUCUCUAGAAUAUGGGACUCUAUCAGGAUUACAUAAAUUGGAGAUACUAAAUCUGAACUUUAACUACAUUUUCAGGAUCGAGCCUUUAACAUUUUUGGGGAAAUAUUCCCUUACUGAAAUCUCCCUGAGCCAUAAUUAUCUAGGACGCAUAGAUGGCCGUAUGUUCAUUGAGUGUCAAGCAGUAAAGAAACUGGUUUUAUCCAGAAACAGGAUCUCAGAUGUGGACAGCAGCAGCUUCACAGGAGUUAGGGAACUCCAACAUCUUGACCUGAGUGAUAACUUUCUGGUCACUGUUCCCUCCGGGGCGCUGAGAGAACUAAGAGAGCUGAAGUGGGUUUACCUUCAGAAGAACAACCUCACCAGCCUCCAGGAGGACUGCUUCUCCACGCUGAGCUCGCUGGUUCAUCUGGACUUGAGCUACAACACACUGACCGACCUGUCAGAGGGAUCGCUGAGAGGUCUGAGCAGCCUGCGCGAACUUGACCUCAGCGCCAACAACAUCCUUUCACUGCCCUCACAGAUCUUCAGUGACCUCACCAACAUGGAGUCACUCGAUUUGUACAAGAACCGCCUUCAGUCUCUCCCUCUGGACGUGUUCAGUCAGCUGAAGAACCUGCGGGAGCUUCAGCUGGAGGCCAAUCAGAUCAGUGACGUGCAGGUUGGGGUGUUUGACUCGCUGUCCAAACUCAAGGAGCUACAGCUGUCCAACAACCACAUCCAGGAGCUUGACCACGCUCUGUUUGCCGAGCUGAAGUCGCUGCAGACCCUGUACCUAGAGAGCAACUCUCUGAAGCACCUCCCUGAAACCCUUUUCCACAAGAUGAGUAACCUGAAGGAGAUACACCUGGAUAACAACCACAUCAGGUCCCUCCAUCCUUCGGUGUUUGAGGGUUUGGGGGACUUACAUUCACUGAGUCUCUCUGACAAUCAGCUGACCUCACUGCACCCAGACCAGUUCAGAGACCUGGUCAGUCUCAAAGAGUUGAGACUCAAUGGAAACCAAAUUCGUAACCUUUCCUCAGACUUGUUCAUGAAUCUAAGACAUCUGACAGUUCUUGACCUUAUCAGCAACCGGAUCUCAGAGCUGUCUCCUGAUGUCUUCAGAGGGUUGAGUCGUCUCAAAGAGCUCAAACUCAGCAACAACGAGCUCCAUGACAUCUCCUCCAACAGCUUCUCUCCCCUCCAAAACCUCCGUGAGCUUCUGCUGAAAAACAACAGCCUGGAUGAUCUGCACCCUCAGCUCUUCAACGGACUUUCAAAGCUGACAGAACUUGACUUGGAGGAGAAUGAGCUGGAUCAUCUACAGCCGCAUGUUUUUCAGGGACUUUUAAACCUCCAGAAAUUAAGUUUGAGGUCGAACCAGCUGAGAGCCUUAAAAAAUGGGACUUUGGAGCCGUUAAUGAACCUGAAGGUUGUGUAUCUGUCAGAUAAUCUGUGGGACUGUACCUGUACAGAAAUUCUCUACAUCAGCGGGUGGGUGAACAUUCACGGUGACAAACUGGGAGACCGGCCCACAUGCUUCCUCUCUGCAUCGUCUUCACCCUUCAGUGAGGAGACGCCUCUCUCUGAGGUCGCUCUGUCGCUGCAGGAUGUUUGCGGCGCCGCUGCUGCAAAGUGUUUGUUUCCCGCAGAGCUGCUGAUUCUGCUCUCAGUUUGUCUCGCAGCCCUCAGCUCAGUCUGACAUCCUUCGUAGAAAGGUUAUGACCACCAACCUGUUUUACUUCCUGCCUUUGUUUAACAGAACCUUGAGUAUUUUAAGUGAAAUAAAAAUGCAGUCAGAAUUAAUCCAGAGAAAAUCGGUGCUGGGAUAAUCUGAUCCUGGACUAAGUGAGUCAGACUGGAGUAUUUAAAGUAACUCUGAUUUUAAGGAUUUCAUUCACAGAAGAAGGAGUUUUUGUUGUUUUAUUUUGUAAAAUAAAGAAUGUCAUAGGAUAGUAUGAUAAAAAAAUUCCUAACAUAACAAUGUCAUUGUGUGUAUGAUAAAGAUUUUAUAUUUCAGGUAGAAUAAAAAAAUCUCAUUUUGGUUAUGAAAAUUUUUUUAUUGUAUCAUAUGAUAAAAAUGUCAAAGUAUAGUAUGUUAAAAAAUUUAAUAUUUUAGUGUAAAAAAAAUUUCCAUUUUCAGUAUGAUAAUAAUGUCAUAGUAGCGCGUUAAAGGUUUCAAAUUUUGGUAUGAAAAAAAUUAAUUAUUAAGUGUGAAAAAAAUGUCACAGUAUAGGAUGAUAAAAAUGGCACAAAAGAGUUUGAAAAAAAAUUGAAAAAACAAAAAUCCUUUUAGUACCAAAAAAAAUUUCAUAGCAUAGUAUGGUAAAAAUGUCAUAUUUCAGUAUGAAAAAUCAUAUUUUAGUGUGAAAGAAAGAUUUCAUAGUAUAGUAUGAUAAAAAAAAUUCAUAACGUAACAGUGUCAUUGUGUGUAUGAUAAAGAUUUGAUAUGUCAAUAGAAAAAAUCACAUUUUGGUAUGAAAAUAAAUGUCAUUGUAUAGUAUUAUAAAACUGGCACAAUAGAGUAUGAUAAAAAAAAAUCGUGUUUCAGUAGAAAAAAUAUAUAUAUUUAGAACAAAAAAAUUUCAUACUUUAGUUUUAUAAAAUUGUCAUAGCAUAGUAUGAUAAAAUUUCAUGUAUUAGUGCAGAAAAAUCUGAUUUUAUUAAAAAAGGCAAAGUAUAGUAUGUAAAAAAAAUUAUAUUUUAGUGUAAAAAAUAAAUUCAUAUUUAAGUGUGAAAAAAAUGUUGUAGUUUUGUAAGAUAAAAAUGUAAUAGUAUAGUAUGAUAAAAAUGUCAUAGAAUAGCAUGUUAAAAAUCUAAUAUUUUAGUAUGAAAGAAAAUCAUAAAUUAAAAUGUAAAAAAAAGUCAAAGUAUCAAAUGAUAACAAUUUCAUAUUUAAGUAUAUAAAAAAUCAUAUUCUAUGAUGACAAAAAUGUCAUAGUAUAGUACAAUAAAAAUGUCAUAGUACAUAAUGUCAAUAGUAACAACUUUUUGUAUCAAAAAAUUUACAUUUUAGAGUUAAAAAAAAACUCAUAGUUCAGUAUGAUAAAAAUGUCAUUUUUGUAGAAUGAUAAAUAUGUCAUAUUUUAGUAUGAAAAAAAAGUUUUAGUUAAGUAUGAUAAAAAUGUCAUUGCAUAAAAUGAUCGUGUCAUAGGAUAGUAUGAGAAAUUUCAAAGUAUAGUAUGAUAUAAAAGGCAUUGUAUAGUAUUAUUAAAAUGUCAUAUCUUUUAUGAAAAAAAAAUCAUAUUUUAGUGUAAAAAUGUCAUAGUAUAGUAUAAUAAAGGUUAAAUAUUUCAGUAGAAAAAAAAAUCACAUUUUGGGUUGAAAAAAAUGUCAUAGUAUAGUAUGUUAAAAAAUGUCAUAUCUUAGUGUAAAACAAUUGUCUGGUUUUAUUAUGAAAUAAAUGUCAUAUAAUAGUUUCUUAAAAGUUUCAUAUUUUGGUAUAAAAGAAAUUAAUAUUUAAGUUUGAAAAAAAUGUCAGUAAAGUAUGAUAAAAAAAAUAUUAUUUCAGUUGUUAAAAAAUUAUCAUUAUAGAAAGAAAAAAAUGUCAUACUAUAUACUUACAAAAAUGUCACAGCAUAGUAUGUUAAAAUGUUAUAUUUUUGUGCAAAAAAAUCUGAUUUUAGUUUAGAAAGACAUUGUAUAGUAUGUGAAAAUUUUUUAUAUAUGUGUAAAAAAUAAAUUCAUAUUUCAGUGUGAAAAAAAUGUCAUAGUUUUGUAUGAUAAAAAUGUAAUAGUAUAGUAUGUUAAAAACUUUUUAUUUAAAAAAAAUCUAAUUUAAGUAUGAUAAAAUGUCAUUCUAUAGAAUGAUAAAAAUGUCAUAUAAUAGUAUGAUAAAAAAUGUCUUGGUUUGGUGUCAUUGUAAAGUUCAUUGAAAAUGUCGUAGUAAAGUAUGAUAAAGAUGUCAUGGUAUAGCAUAAUUUUUUUUUUUAUUGUAGUAUGUUCAAUAAUGUCAUAGUAUAGUACUAUAAAUAUGUCAUGGUAAAGUAUGACCAAAAUUUCAUAGAAUAGUAUGAUAAAAAUUGUAUGUAUGAUAUGAUAAAAAAGUCAUAGUAUAGUAUGAUAGAAAUGUCAUAGUGUAGCAGAACAAAAGAUGUCUGAUACAUAUGAUAAAAAUGUCAAGAAAUGUCAUAGUACAGUAUGAUAAAAAUGUUAAAGUAUACUAUGAAAUAAAUGUCAUAGUACAGUAUGAUAAAAAUGUUAAAGUAUACUAUGAAAUAAAUGUCAUUGUAUAGUAUGGUAAAAAUGUUAAAGUAUACUAUGAAAUAAAUGUCAUUGUAUAGUAUGAUAAAAAAUGUCACAGGA